UAGACAUUUUGCUCGUAUGGCAACAGUGAGCAAGUACUGCGGCAUGACAGUAGGAUCAUCGCUCCCGCCAAUCGCAAGCUGCUAAUGCCACUAGGAACCCCUUCCUAGGAGCACAGAACCAAAGGCAGAGCGCCUUAGGCCUUGGAUUGUGUUGUUAACUAUGGGUAAAACAGAGCAAAAAUCGCCUCCUAAGGCGCAAGCAGCGCCAGCCAAGGACAUCAGGAGUUUCUUCAAAAAGCAAGACGGGCCAGGACUCACCAAGGGACCUCCCGUCAGCGCUAAGGGCGAAAAUGCGCAGCCUGGGGCGCCGGUGGGGGCCUCACCGGCUGUCAAGCCCACUACCGCCCCUCAACCCGCAGCGCUAAAGCUCUCGCAAGAGGCCGCCUCGCAGCCGGUUGCAUCCCAGCCCAAGCCGGCUGCUGCUGCCCCCCAGCCGGCUCCCCCGAAGGCCGCUGCCGCGAAGCCGCCCACUGCCUCCCAGAGCACGCCCAGCGUUGGCAAACCGCCUGCUCGGAAGGGCCGAGUAGUAAUAGACGAUGAGGACGACGACGAGGAUGUGGUGGUGGUGGUGCAGAAGCCCGCCGCAGCCAAGAAGCAGGGCGCGGGAAGAUCGCCGCGCGACGGCAGCGGUGGCGCUGCUGCUGCGGUCGGUCGGCGGGGCGGGCGGGGCGGGGCGGGUCCCGCCUCCAAGCGCCGCCGCGUCAUCAACGACGACGAGGACAGCGACGUGGUGGUGGAGGACUCGUCGGAUGAGGAUUUUGAGGAGGAGGCUGAUGCGGAGAGCAGCGACAGCGAGGACGUGGUGAUGGAGGAGGACGACGACGACGUGUUGGCGGACAGUCAGGGGAAGGGGGCCAAGCGCAAGCAGGCCGGCGGCGCCACGGCGGCCAAGGGCGGCAAGCUCGCCGGCACCAAGCACGCCCGCUCGCCGGCAAAGGCGGCUGCAGCCACCCCCAAGGUCACCAUCACCAAGACCGCAGCCCCCAAGCCCGCCUCAGCCGCCAAGCAGCCUGCCGCCGCCCGUGCCGCCCCUGCCGCUGAGCCCCCCAGUGCCGCGGACGCGGGCGCCGGCAGCAGCAAGAAGGCCGCUGCGCCGCGCAAGAGGUCCGCUGCGGGCGCCGCUGCCUUCAGCCUGGACCCGCGCGCCGAGGCUGCGGUGGCCGCGGUGGCCAAGGCGGCUGGCGAGCUGCCGCCGGAGGAGCAGGUGAACUUCAGCCUGAUGCCGGAGGGCGGCGAGGCGGCGGGGAACGACGCAGUGGAGCCGCCCAACUACCGGCAGAAGGAGGCCCCCCGCGGCCACCCCGACUGCCUGACCGGCCGCACCUUUGUGAUCACCGGCGUGCUGGACAGCCUGAUGCGGCCGGACGCGGAGGACCUGAUCAAGCGGCACGGCGGCAAGGUGACGCAAAGCGUGUCCGGCCGCACCGCGUUCCUGGUGGCGGGGCACAACUGCGGCCGCAGCAAGUACCGCACGGCCAAGCAGCACGGCACCAAGAUCAUAGACGAGGACGGCCUCUUCUCACUCAUCCGCGCCAGUGCGCCCUUCGCGCCCUCCUCCGACCAGCAGCAGCCCCCCUCACAGCCUGCUGCCGCCGCGGCCCCCGCCGGCGCAGGAGGCGCAGCACGCGGAGCCGCCGCCGCCGCCGGCCCCGCCAGCAUCCCCUCCUCCAACUUCUUCAGCUCCACCGGCCCGGCCGCCGGAGGGGCGGGGCCCAGCGGGCACCGGGGCACUGCCGCUGCAGCCCCCGGGAGUGCUGCUGCUGCUGCUGGUGCCGCUGCCAGGGGGGCUGGCGGUGGCGGCGGUCUGAACCAGCUGUGGGUGGACAGGUACAAGCCCCGCAGCAGCGCGGAGCUGGUGGGCAACAACACGCUGGUGGCCAACCUGAAGCAGUGGCUGGCGUCGUGGGAGCAGGUGCACCUGCGCGGCGGUGCGGCGCCCGCUGCCAAGGGCGGCGGCUCCAAGCCCAAGGACCUCUCCAAGAAGGCGGCGCUGAUGAGCGGCCCGCCCGGCAUCGGCAAGACCAGCUCCGCGCACAUCAUUGCGCGGGAGACGGGCUACGAGGUGGUGGAGAUGAACGCCAGCGACACCCGCAACAAGAGCAGCAAGGUGUCGGAGGGCAUUGCGGGCAAGCAGUCCAACGUGAUCAAGGAGAUGGUGUCCAACACCACACUGCCGCUGGGGCUGAUGGGAGGGGGCGCGGGAGGGGGGGCGCCGCGCAAGCAGCUGCUCAUCAUGGACGAGGUGGACGGCAUGUCAGGCGGCGACCGCGGCGGCAUCCAGGACCUGAUCGACACCAUCAAGCGCUCCAAGAUCCCCAUCAUCUGCAUCUGCAACGACAAGUACAACCAGAAGCUGCGCUCGCUGCGCAACCACUGCAUGGAGCUCGAGUUCCGAAAGCCCACCGUGCAGCAAAUCUCCAAGCGCAUGAGCGACAUCUGCCAGAAGGAGGGGCUGCAGGUCAACCAGGCCACCAUGGACGCCCUGGUGACGGGUGCGGGGGGCGACCUGCGCCUCAUCCUGGGGCAGCUGCAGAUGGUGCGACUGCGCACCCGCGCACUCACGUACGACGAGGUGAAGGGCAAGAUGGGCGCCAGCAAGGACAGCGACAUGAGCCCCUUCGAGUGCGCCCGCCGCCUGCUGGACCCGCCCGCCGCGCUGCUCAGCAUGGGCGAGCGCAUGGAGCUGGUGUUCGCGGACAGCGACCUGGUGCCGCUGCUGGUGCAGGAAAACUACAUCAACCACCGGCCCACCAUCGCACCCGACCCCGCCUCCCGGCUGCGCGCCAUCGCCAAGGCGGCCGACAGCAUCUCCUUCGGUGACGUGGUGAACAACACCCUGCGCCGCAGCCAGAACUGGGGCCUCAUGCCCUUCGCCGCCGUCAUGAGCUGCCUGCUGCCCGCCGCAUACAUGCGCGGACCGCGGGAAAUAUUCGGGCUCUACCCCACCGAGAUGAACUUCCCCAGGUUCACCGCCUGGCUGGGCAGCUACUCCAGCGGCAACAAGCAGCGGCGGCUGCUGGGCGAGCUGUCCACCACGCUGGCCGCCUCGGGCCACGUCUCCUCCGCGCGCAGUGCGGUGCGGCUGGAGUACGCCAGCGCGCUGCGGCACCUGCUGGCGCGCCCGCUGGCAGCGCAGCAGGAGGCGGCGGUGCCGGCGGUGGUGGAGCUGAUGCAUGAGUACUGCAUUGACAGGGAGCAGCUGGACUACAUCCUGGACGUGACGUCCUUCAAGAGCAAGGCGGCCUGGGCGGAGGACCCCUACAAGGAGGUGCCCACAAAGGUCAAGGCAGCGUUCACCAGGAGCCUGAACGCCACGCUGCCGGCCGCCCGCUGCAACGCGCAAGUGGAGGAGGUGAAGCUGGGGCGUGGAGCGGGCAAGGGGAAGGCCAAGGGGCGGAAGGCCGCGGCGGAGGACGACGAAGAGGAGCUCGGAGGGGAGGGAGGCGAAGGAGAGGUACGUCUUUGGCUGCUGAUAGCCUUUAAUAAGUGCAUAAGGAGUAUAGCACGAACUGCGCGAACUUGGGGCUCUCAGGGAGCAGAUAGUAAUCAGCGUGGGACAUGGGGCGGAGAGGUUGUUGUUCCGCGGGCCAGCGUGCGAGUCCGGGUUGGGUUGGGUCAGGCACAACGGGGGGCUGGCGUUCCCGUGCUGCUCGCUGGCGGGUUACCCCUGCCAACAUGACGACGACACUAGAGCCGCAUGGCAGGUACGACACUGUCCCUCUUUUGUGCUUCUCUUGCGUCUCGGAGUCCCAGCGUCCCAGCACUACUUCCCCGCGUGACUACUUCCCAUCCGUUCCUCGCCACCCCAGGAGGCCAAGCCGACUCAGAAGGGCGCAGGCGAGGGCGAGGGCGAGGCGGCGGAGGAGGACGAGGAGGUGGACCCAGAGACACUGGCUCGGCGGCUGGCGCAGGGCGGCCUGGUGGUGCAGCUGCAGGACGAGGGCAAGGGGGC